AUGAUCCAAGAAGUAACCGAUCCACAAAAUAAAAGUGAGGGCUCUGUUCCAAUCGUUCACUCUGAGAAAAUUUCAGACGAGGUUGGGGGUGUUGGUGCAGCAGAGCCUGGCGAUUCUAGCCCUGUCACUGAGGCGAACUCACAGACAGGGACUGAGGAAGAUAAGGAGGAAAAACUGUCCAGUAGUGAGCGCAUUGCGAGAAAAGAAAAGGUUAAUGCUGCUGCGUCGAAAGAGGUGAAAGAUCAACCGCAUAUCGUGUUUGUUGAUCCAGUUGGCACACGAUGGCUCUUGCCAUAUGGGGUUGCCAAAACUUGGGAUGGUGCCAAAAUGUUGCUCAAGUCGAUCUUUACCGAUAUCUACCUCCCUGAAUGGGUUGCGGAAGAUAUCGAUGCAAAAGACGAGGGACCCAACCCGGACUUCUUGAUUACUCAAACCAAGCCUCACGACUGUCGUAUUCUCACGAGCCAUUGGGACCACUUAGUGUCACCUGGCUGGGAAUUCAAGAUCCAAUUCACUGGAGUUACUGACGUGACCGGUGCAAUAAGCAGGGAAAAGGAAAACCAGAUGAACAAGGCCAAUGGACAGGAUGAGAGUGAUGGUAGCGACCAAAACUCAACAUCAGAAACAUCCGACAGCGAAGAAGAAGAGCUGGAGCCCGCAGUAGAAAUGAGUAGCAUCAUCUAUAUUGCGACUUAUCUGGAGAUGGACUCCGAUGGUGACUACUUAUGGCAGAGCAGGGCGCGAAGCGCGGAGAAAACCAAGCUCAAUGGGGUCUUUGAAAUCAAAAAGGUCAAUAGCGUUAUUGAGGAGACUAGAGAGGUCUACUCUAGUAGCAGACAUGAUAAUAAGCGACGAAAGAACGCAGGGUAUGAUACAAUUGGCAAGCCAGUAUUGCAAGUCAACUCGCCAUUCUUACUCAAUGCUCUCAAGGCUACUAUUGAGUGUCAGUCGCGGCCGGAUGAGUUCUAUCCGAAACAAAACAGUCGUGGAAGAACUGAGACUGACCUGGGACUCGGGCGACUUGUGUACCCUUUCACCGAUAUCUAUCUUCAUCGAGAAAAGCUUGUUCAGUAUCGAGAGAAGGUUGGAGAGGUUCAUGAUGAUGAAUACACUGCUACAUGCAAGGAGCAUAUUGACAUAUUGCUCGAGUAUAUCUAUGAUCUUCCCGAGAUUGGGUUGAAAGAUGCCGAACUCCUUUUCAGCAGUGAAAUUCCAAAGACAACAUUUGGCUCUCUUUGGCUUCUCCUCAAGCCUGGCUCAGAUGUCUUUGUCCGAGAGUAUGGAAUCAUCAAUGCAUAUGUCAUUGAAUCCGUCUCUGGAGGAUUAUUCGACUCAGGAAGUUCACGUUCGAGCUCAUACUGUGUUUCUGUUUGGAAUCUGAAGUACCGCGGCGGAAAAUUCCUCACGCGCUCGAUCAAGACAGUUUAUAUUCCCGUCUUUGAGUACGAGAGAGAAAUUUCGUCGUUGCCUCUAUAUCCUAUUCAGUUCCACGUAAAUGAAGACCCGGAGAACCCUUUGCGCCAGCAAUUGAUCGAGCGUGGGAAGCGAUUUGUCAGAAUAGCGAAGAAUCCUACAUACCAGGAGUACACUGGCCCAAGUAGAAUGCAGGGUACUCGCACUUUUGCCCAGACACGGGUCGUUGUCGACCAAUCUGAACUCGAAGAAUCAGAUGAUUAUCAUGAGGAUGAAUUAGGCAGCCGAACCCGGAAGCCACUAUGCCCGUGUGCAACAUGCAAGGCCAAAAGUCCUGCACAACACGGCAUUGACAGUCGUCUAUUUGAUGACUACGAUAGGAUUGAUCUCAACUCAGAAGAUGAUAUCAUAGACCAUCAGUACUUACUGUGUUGCUCCCAUGCUUAUGCAUAUGUGCUGAAAGAUCGGGCCUGGGACUCACUGCUUGUCACUGGUAUGAGAGAUCCUAAGAUCGAUGAAAAUAUCAUUGACACCCUCGUCAUGAAGCCGGAAAGCAACAAGAGUCUCAUCAAGGCUGUGUGUGAGAUAUUUGGCGGAGGAUACACGCAGGCUUUUUCCUCUGAUUUUGUUCGGGGCAAGGGAGAAGGUCAGAUCUUGCUACUGCAUGGUCCCCCAGGAACAGGAAAGACUUUGACUGCUGAAUCCGUGGCGGAAUAUACCGGUCGGCCUCUCCUUAGCAUUGCUGCGGCCGACUUGGGCUAUGAGCCAGUGAGACUGGAGGAGAACCUCCUUCAAUUUUUCAGAGAUGCCAAAAAGUGGAAUGCAAUCGUCCUACUUGAUGAAGCUGAUGUUUAUCUUGAGACUCGGUCUAGCAACGAUCUGCGACGGAACAGUAUCGUAUCUGUCUUUCUGCGAGCUCUGGACUACUUCCAGGGUAUCCUCUUCCUAACUACUAACCGCGUGGGAAGUUUCGAUGAAGCAUUCCUGUCACGAAUCCAUGUGCAGAUUGGAUAUGAUCCAUUAGACGAAGAGUCCAGACAAAAGAUUUGGGAUGGAUAUUUCCAGAAGUUGGAUAGCAACCACGAGGAGGGUGGCCAGAAGAUUGAGUAUUCCAUGAGUGCCAAGGAGUACGUUGAAGUGAAGGAAGACCUUCGAAUUCUCCAAUGGAACGGACGUGAGAUACGAAAUGCCUUCCAAACCGCCGUCGCGCUUGCGUGCUUUGAGGCAAAAAGCAAGAAACGCACACCUAAACUUACAGAUAAGCAUCUAGCCCAAGUUGUCACUAUGUCUCACAACUUUAAGAGCUACCUGAGGUCGGUUCAUGGAGCAGAUGGGGAUUUGGCGUGGGCUGCACGGGUGCGAAAUGACAAGAUUAAGGCAUCGGAGGGGAAGAUUUCGAAUACACAAUCGACGAGAAUCUAG